AUGGAGCUUGAUACUGGUCCAUUCAAGCACGUUCCCUGGCUGGAAGAAUGCUUCCUAGUCCAAGCUGUUAGUCUAAGUGAUUCAUACAAGUUCAUACCCCGACCCUCCUCACCCUGGAGCUCAAAGACAGAAUCAAUUGAUCCAGCUCGCAUCCGUCCUCUGAGUUCGACGCCUUCAAGCUCAAACUCAUCUAGCAACUCCAAGUCUCACAAUGUUCCAAAGGGUCAAAAACUCCCAAAGAGGCGUGAAGCUGAUACCUCACACCUCCACAUUCCCUUAGUCAGUUGGGAUGAAGGCCCUUUGACCACGUCCGCUUUUGCUUCCAGGGCCCACAGUACUGGAAGCACCUUAGAGGCCCCGCGUCUCACAGUGGACUCUAGCAAUUUGUUUCUUUGGCCAAAUCAGAAGGUUUUUCAUGGUCUUCUCAUAGCGGGUCAGGACAGCAUACAACAGUGGCUUGAUACUCAUACGAAUAUCGAAGUUCUUGACAGAUCAUCUAAGUAUACUUUACGCAAGAAUGUUGCUACCCUUUUGGCUGAAGCCUUCUGGGAAGACUGUACACAAAUGUGUCAGGCUGAGGAGGUCAAGAGGUUAUGUCUUUCCCAGACCGCUAAAGAGUUGUUCCAACAUACAGGGAGUUUUGAGUAUGAUCUCACCCUUCAGAAGUCAUGGGCAGAGCACGUUCUCGACGCUGUUUGGGCAUAUGACUCAAUCAGAACCAGGAGGCCUUUUGGUUUCAGUGUAGAUCCUCAGAGUAAUCUGGCUACAUUGAUAGCCAUGUGCAGGCUGCUUGCCGACACAGAGGUGGAUAAUAGCAAGGGACUGAGAAGUGUCGAGUGA